AUGGCUGGACCUUGGUCUGCCAUACCUAACGUUACCGGUACAUACCAUCUCUCCACGUCCUCUUUGCCAUCUGCUCUCCACGCCGUCCCCGCCCUGCAUCCUAAUCACUUACCUACACCAACACGCCAAUUGGCCACAUCACGCGAAAACACGUCGAAACCAAAAAGAAAGAGAAAUGGGCGGGCGGGCCGUUGCAUCCACGCAGUGGGUAGCUGGGCACGAGCGAGUCUGCGAGCUGAAGCUGAAUCGAGCGUUUUCCUUGGUCGAGCCUUGCGCUCAAGGCGGUCUGGGUUUGUGCGGCUGAAGGCGGAGGGGAGGGAUUCAGCUAGUUGCCUGCCUGACUGCCUGUCUGCCUGUCUGCCUGUCUGCCUGUCUGCCUGCUGGGGUGGAGUCCAUUCGCUGGGUUCGGCGUUGGAUGGGAUCGGGGUGGAUCGGGCAUGGUGUAGGUCUAUGAGAGGGUGGUGGGCUUGGGGUGUGCUAUCUAGCUACCGUUACGAGGCCCUGCGUUUAAUGUUCCUGUGCUGCUGUUGCUGA